AUGUGCAACCUGGGAAUUUAACAACAACAAAACAGGCGAAUGUCAAAAAGGCGGAUGAAGCAUUACACGGUAUUACUGGCUCCGCUCCUCUUCAUUCUCUGGCUUCCAAAGCAAUUGGCGGUCCCAGAUGAGCUGAAGGCACCCAUGGUAGUAAGAGGAGCCUUUGGAGAGUCUUUGACUGUGCCUUGCCGGUACCAGCCUCAGUUCAGAAACAGCACAAAGUACUGGUGCAGGGGCCCAAUUUAUGAGCUGUGCAAGAUCAAAGCCAAAACGCCAAAGCAGCGCAAUCAUGACAGAUGCUCCAUUGCUGAUGACAAGGAGGCGGGAGUCUUCAUUGUUACCAUGAGGGCUCUCAGGCCAAGUGACGGAGACAUGUAUUGGUGUGUUAUUGCCAGGCCUGGAAGGAAUAUUUUCGCUGGCGUCAAGAUCAGCCUAUCCAACAAAGUCAUAACAGCAACCAGCACAGUGCCAGAAAAUUCAUCUGAGACAAAUGAAGCCAAAACGUGGUGGUGGGAGCCUCUUCGAUGGAUCCUAUUUUUGACAAUGCUGUUUAGUUUGGUCUCGACUCAUUUAGCUGCAUGGAUGUUAAUGACUGCAUGCAAAAGAUGUCACCCAAAUGUCAUCCAUCAACAAAACAGCAAUAUUUAUGAGUAAAAAAAAAAAUCAAGGAAAGGUGUGAAAUAUUAUUACAUGUAUUGUUUUUCAGAAAUGCUUCAGGAUACAGUAUAUUUAAUCUAAGGAUGUGCGAAUAAAAGCCUUACUGCAGUCUGAA